AAAAUCCUAUUUACCGCGAAAAGCUUCAACGCAGCAAAUUUUAUUUUCUACACUCUAUACUCAUAUAAAUCGACGGGAACGCCAUUUCUCCUUGCGAAACCGCGAUCUGGGAAGGGAGGAUGCAGUUCUUCGGGGGCUCCGACGUCAGCCCGUCGCCGCCGGCGCCGACGGCGGCGGGGCACAACGCGAACGUGAUGUACAUGUUCAACCGGAACGGGGUGUGCCUGUUCUACCGGGAGUGGAACCGGCCCCUCCGGACCCUGAACCCGCAGCAGGACCACAAGCUCAUGUUCGGCCUCCUCUUCUCCCUCAAAUCCCUCACCGCCAAGAUGGACCCCACCAGUGUGGAUAGAGGAAAUCUUGGGGUGCCGCAGUUACCAGGCCAGGGUUGUUCAUUUCACAGUUUCCGCACUAACACAUACAAACUUAGUUUCAUGGAAAGUCCUUCUGGUAUAAAGAUAAUAUUGGUUACGGAUCCCAGGACUGGUGAUCUACGAGAAGCUUUGAAGUAUAUAUACAGUCUAUAUGUUGAAUAUGUGGCUAAAAACCCUCUCUAUGAUCCAGGAACUCCUAUCAGGUGUGACUUUUUUAAUACAAAUCUUGACCAAUAUGUAAGGAGCAUUUCGUAAAGCAUUGGGACAGUGCAGGGUAUGGAGCUAAAUACGUAUAUGCUUUUUCGCCAUGGAUCAAGCUUAGUGGACAAUCUGGAGAAUUGGUUGAUUGUGAUGUGCCGGCUUGGUGUAUUAUGCGCCUCUCUCUUUGCUGCCAGUGCUCGUCCAACUCCAAUCUUCCUAUGAUUGUGUAUCCGCCGCUUCCUUUUUAAACGGAUUGGUCGAGGAAUUUUUUUUAUGCUCCUCUUUCUUCUAUAUAUAUGAUAGUGAUUGUUGCUGUGGACAUGAUGCUGUACCCUCUCUUUUUUCCCAUCUUUUACUGCUUUAUCACUGAGAUGCACAAACUUUGUUGGAAGGCAUUGAUUCUCGUAUCUCAUUUUAAAUUGAGCCCGGAUAGGUUUGCUUGAUUCAA